AUGGGCUUCUUUCCUCUUCUCGCCGGCCUCAUUGCGGUCCCGGCCUUGGCUGCCGGUGCAAGCCUGCCACGAGUGGCAUCUCAGUACCCCACGGUGAACACCACCUACGGCUACGUCCGCGGCACCGGCUCCGAAUACCGCGACGGCAUCACCGUCUACAAGGGCAUUCCUUUCGCUGCUCCUCCGACAGGCUCGAACCGCUGGAAGGCCCCAUCCGCCCCUGAGCCAUGGACCGACGUCCUGGAGGCCACCGAGUUCGGCCCUCAGUGCGCCCAGUCAUACUCGUCCGCAGGCAUCUUCUCGACCGGCAAGAACACCACCAGCGAGGACUGCCUGUACCUCAACGUGUGGCACCCGACGUACAACAGCACGUCGGACCUGUCAUCCAAGAACCUGCCCGUCUACGUCUGGAUCUACGGCGGCCGCUUCUCCGGCGGCUCGGGCGACGUCAAGACCUACGACGGCUCUGGUCUCGCCAGCAAAGACAUCAUCGUCGUGACCAUGAACUACCGCCUCGGCGCCUUCGGCUUCCUGGCCCACCCGGAUCUCUCCGCCGAAGCCGACGCCCACAACUCGUCGGGCAACUACGGAAUCCUCGACCAGCAAGCCGCCCUCCGCUGGGUCCACGACAACAUCGCCCACUUUGGCGGCAACCCCGACCAAAUCACCGUGGGCGGCCAGUCAGCCGGCUCGGCCUCUGCGCUUGACAUGAUGUGGUCCCCGCUGUCCAAGUCGCUCAUCAGCGGCGUCAUCGCCGAGAGCGGCGCCCGCGGCACGCACGAUCCCCUCACUGGUGGUGCCGCGACGAGCUACCGCACCAAGGACGAGGCCGAGGCGUCGGGCGUCGAGUUCCUUAAGACGCUCAACGUGUCGUCCAUCGACGAGCUGCGCAGCGUGUCGACGCAGACGCUGAUCGACAACGGCAACGAGAACGACUCGACGUACGAGGGCACCGUGUUCCUGAACGUCACGGCCGCCUUCAUGGAGCCGCCGCUGUGGCGGCCCGUGGUCGACGGCUACGUGCUGCCGCACGGCUACGGCGAGUCGCUGGCGCUCAACUCGCACGCCGACGUGCCCAUCAUGACGGGCAACAACAAGGACGAGUCGGGCGCGUCGACGACGACGUCCGUCUCGGCCGCCGACUACGCCACCAACUACGGCGCCAUGUUCCGCAACUUCAGCAGCGAGUAUUUCGCCCUCUACCCCGGCGGCAACGCCACCCAGGCCAGCGCCAGCAGCGACGCCCUGUUCCGCGACCUCAGCCGCAUCGGCACCUGGCGCUGGAGCGCCGACUGGGCUGCCGGUGGCGCCAAGAGCAACGUGUAUACCUACUACUUCACCCACGGGCCGCCCGAGAACGAGGAGGCUGGCGCGUAUCACGGCGCGGAGCUUUGGUACGCCAUGAACAACAUUCCGUACGCCGCCUACGACAACGCGACGUGGUCGGCCGAGGACUACGAGAUCGAGUCGAAGAUGAGUGCGUACUGGGCGAACUUCAUCAAGACGGGUGAUCCGAACGGGGACGGGUUGGCCACGUGGGAGCCGUCGACCGAGGACAAGAAGCAGACCAUGUGGCUGGGUGACAAGUGGGGCACGGGACCGAUUUCCGAGGUAGAGGAGCGCAUCAGCUUCAUCGAGCGCUGGUACUCUACCUUGCACGAGUGGUGA